AUGGUCCGCAUUAAGGAGCGCUACCUCUUGGUUAAAAUUCUCUAUCCCAAUGAGCUUGGCAGCCAUUCCGACCUCCCUGACGUUGUAGUCAUAAACCAACCUACAACUGACCAACUCAACCCUGCCGGUCUUCUUCGGGGUAUAAGAGCCGAGGUCGCCAAUCUAUUCGGGGACUACGGCUCAGGGACUGUUGAUGGCGGAAGCUUAGCAGUCAAAUAUUUUUCUCCAGCCACCUCUACUUUCAUAUUGCGUACUUCACGAUCAUCAUAUCGCUUAGUAUGGGCCGCCCUUGCCUUCAUGAGCACUGUGCCUGUGAAGAAUGGGAAGCCUUGCAUUUUCCGUGUAGUCCAUGUGAGCGGUACCAUGCGCAAAGUCGAGGAAGAAGCUAUACGUCGCGCUCGAAAUCUCAUUUUUGCGGCUGAAAAUGAGCAAAAGGAGCGACAUAGAAAUGGGUGA